AUGUUUUCAGGUAUUGGAGGACAAGAGAGAAUUGAGGAGCAAGCACUCGACGAGCGCUUAUUUGAAGCAGAAGAGGAGCCAGAUGGAUCAUCUCCGGUGGCAAUCUUGAUUAUGAAAAAGUUGGCUGAUGCUCCUCCUAUGAUGUGCUUGAGCUGGAAAAAGAUGUUUACGGAAUUAAGCAUCCCAUCGGAUUUACACACCACAAGCGCACUGGUAGAGUGGCUGAACAAAUCCUUGCGAGAAGAAGAGACCCAUUGGAACAUCCUUGAGUCAUUAGAAAAUACCUUGACAAUGGAAAGGCUGGCAAGCACCGAUAUCAACCAAAUCCUUGAUAGUAUUUGCGUUCUAUCAGGAGUAGACUCAGGAGUCAAACAUCCAAUUGAAGCUUUGCAAGAACAUUUCAUGUUUUUCGCUUACGAUUGUAUUGAAUUGCAGAGUAUGCAUCAAAGACUGAGAGAUACCUAUUUGGGACACGCCAUUCAAAGCAGAGGUGCUACUACUCUCAAGAGGUUCAAAAAGACAUGGAAGCUUAUUAUUGAAGAACUAAAACCUGGAAGGAUAGCGGUAGAGAUGAGACAGUAUCUCGGGAUGCUGGGAGAGGAUUUUGGCCCUGUACCAAAAAAAUCUUUUUCACACACUGGAGAGUCUGUCCCUGGGGACACCAUCCCUGAGGAUAUUAACACCCAAGACGCCGACUCUCAAGACUCUGACUCUGAAGACUCUGACUCUGAAGACUCUGACUCUGAAGACUCUGACUCUGAGGAUACUAAUUCUCAAGCUUCUGACAUCAAUACUCAAGAGUCACCCUCCACAGAGUCGCUUGCCUCUCGAGAC